GUUAUCUAGAGCUUAUCACGACCAGCCGACUUGCCACAUGUUUAUAAAAGUAUUUCUACAUAAAAAUGCUUGACCAUCCGUUGCACUAAACGUUAGAUGGCGGACGUGAAACUCAUUGUCAGGAAUGCUCGUCAGGUGGUUCAAGUCAGGAAGUACCCCAUCCUGAAGGUGUGCGGGGAAGGCAUGCAGCAGGUAGAUAUAUCACAAGAAGAAGAUGGCGACGGGAUCAGUGUUGUUUCUAACAGCGACGGGAAGAUACUGUUCAUUGGUAAGGAAUCUGAGCGGAAGCGGAAAUACGUCGAGAAUGAGACUACCCGUAUCAUCGAUGCUUCUGGGAAAUGUGUGUUGCCAGGUUUUGUAGAUGCACACACGCAUCCUGUAUGGGCAGGAGAUCGUGUCCAUGAAUUCGCGAUGAAGCUUGCUGGAGCUACGUACAUGGAAGUUCACAAAGCUGGCGGAGGAAUACAUUACACAGUGGAGCACACUCAAAGAGCUUCCGAGGAUGAACUAUAUGACGGACUGAAACAGAGACUUAACUCGUUGAUGAAGACGGGGACUACGCUAGUGGAGUGUAAAAGUGGUUAUGGUCUCAACAAGGCGACGGAAGUAAAGAUGCUGAGAGUGAUUGAAAGGGCUAGAAGGAAUCUCCCUAUAGGGAUUUCGUCCACAUUUUGUGGUGCCCACGCAGUGCCGAAAGGGGGAAAUUCAGAAGAUGCCACUAAUGAUGUCAUCUCUGUCCAAUUGCCCUGUAUCCGAGACAUGAUGGAAAAGAAGGAGCUGACCGUAGAUAAUAUAGACGUGUUUUGCGAACAAGGCGUCUUUGACAUUGACCAAUCUCGUCGGAUUCUUUCUGCGGGCAAAAACAUAGGUCUACAGAUCAAUUUCCAUGGGGACGAACUGCAUCCGCUAGACGGAGCUAAGAUGGGCGCAGAACUUGGAGCUUUGGCGAUAAGUCACUUGGAGGAGAUAUCCGACUCGGGGAUAUCUGCCAUGGUUGAGGCAGGGUCUAUUGGUGUCGUCCUCCCAACAACGGCCUACAUUCUACGUCUGAAACCACCACCGGUCCGGAAAAUGAUAGAUUCCGGAAUGGCAGUUGCUCUUGGGUCCGAUUUCAAUCCAAAUGCAUUCUGUUCUUCAAUGCCUAUCGUUAUGCAUCUGGCAUGCGUGUUAUUGCGCAUGUCCAUGCCGGAAGUCUUGAUUGCUGCCACUUUGAAUGCCGCUGCUGCUCUAGGGAAGUCCGACACUCACGGGUCUCUGAUUGAGGGAAAGUGUGCCAAUAUGGUAAUCAUUGACGCUCCACGAUGGGAACAUAUUAUCUAUCAAUUUGGUUUCCAAAACGACCUCAUUGAUUUUGUUAUUUGUGAAGGGAACGUCGUGUUUGAAAAGUAAUGUUUGUCUAAUACCCAUAGUUUAAUACUUGUCUUUUUAUAUGUAUCUUCUUUUGUGAUGAAAUGUCAAAUCAAUAAAAAGAGUUUGAAUAUUAA